CUACCACCUUCACAUGUUUACAACACAAACACCAGUCCUACUCAACCAGUAGCAACUACUGAUAAAUUAAAUACAAUUCCAACUCCAUCAAUACAGAAUGUUUCUACUGCAAAUGGAAAUUCAACUCCACCAUUAAAUGUUCUCAAUACAAAAACAAAUCCAACUAUACCGUUUCCUACUCCUUAUAAUAUUAGUUCAAAUCCAACUUCACAAACAUCUAGUUUCUUCACUUCAAGUGCAACUUCACAACCAACCAAUCUUUUCAAUUCAAAUGUAACUCCAUCACCACCAUAUGGAUAUAACAUCAACACAAGUCCACCACCACCUCCACCACCACCAUCAAAUAUUCUCAAUACAAAAGCGAAUUCACCUUCACUACCAACGACUAAUUAUCCAAUCAAUCCAAAUCCAUCUCUACCACAUCCAUCAAACGUCUAUAAUCCUCUUUCAACCUACCAAAUACCAUCAUCUCAACCAUCAAUUCGUCCAAUGUAUCCUUUACCGCCAUCGGUUUAUCGUCCUCAAGUACAACAACAACCAUCUCAACCUAUUUCACCAACAACUAAUCAAACUGCUCAAUCAUCUUUUCCACCUUAUCCUCCUCCUCCUCCAAUAUCAUCAUCUACUUAUCCCUAUCCGCAAUAUAAUUAUAAUUUAAAUUCAGCUGGUGCUGGACAUCCAGGACAACCACCACAACUUUCUUCACCAUCAAUGCCUUAUGGAAUGGGUGGAAGCACAACUGGUGCAACCAAUCAACAUAAUAAUAAUCUCAAUGGUCCUCUUACUAAUACGGAUAUGGUCGAUUUACUCAAAGAAAAAACUGUGGUUAAUUCAUAUGCUGAAGAACCACCAGUUUCACCGUUACUUAGUGAAGAAAACCAACAAAUGAAUUGUAGUCCAGAAGUUAUGCGAUGUAGUUUAAAUGUUAUUCCACAAACAAAAGAUUUACUUAAUAAAAGUCGUCUUCCUCUUGGUAUUCUCAUUCAUCCAUUUAAAGAUCUUGAAAGUUUAAGUGUCAUUCAAGGUACAAAAAUUGUUCGAUGUGAUUCAUGUAAAAGUUAUAUUAAUCCAUUUAUUACAUUUCUUGAUAAUACACGAUGGCGUUGUAGUAUUUGUUUUCGUGUUAAUGAUUUACCACAAGAAUUUCUCUUUGAUCCAAUAACAAAAACUUAUGGUGAUCCAAGUCGACGACCCGAAGUUCGUUUUGGUACUGUUGAAUAUACAGCAACAGCUGAUUAUAUGGCAAGACCACCUCAACCAGCUAUGUAUUUAUUUUUACUUGAUGUAUCACAUAAUGCUAUACAAACAGGUUAUCUUCAAUCAUUUUGUGACAUAUUAUUAGAAAAUUUAAAUGGUUUACCAGGUGAUGCUCGUACACAAAUUGGUUUUCUAACAUAUGAUAGUCGAAUACAUUAUUAUGAUUUAUCAGAUCGACAUAAUGGUACAUUUCGAAUAAUGAUUGCGCCAGAUCUUGAUAAUAAACCAGAAGAUUUUCUUCCUAUGCCUGAUGGUUUAAUGGUUACAUUAUGUGAAUGUCGUUCAACAGUUGAAGCAUUUCUUAAUGAAUUACCUAAAAUUUAUCAAGAUAAUAAUGAAACGGAUUCAGCAUUAGGUUCAGCUUUACAAAUAGCAGGAAAAUUACUUGAUCAAACUGGUGGUCGUAUAACAGUUAUUCAAACAAGAAUACCAAAUAUAAAUCCUGGAGCUUUACAUGAAUUCGUCGGUACUGGAGGACAAGCAACAAAAGAACCAACUACUGUUGGACCAACAUCAGAUUUUUAUAAAAAACUUUCACUUGAUUAUGCAUCAGCACAAGUAGCUUGUGAUCUAUUUCUUUUAAAUAGUCAUCAUAUUGAUUUAGCAACAUUGAGUUGUAUCGCAAAAUAUUCAGGUGGUGAAGUAAAAUAUUAUUCAGGUUUUCAUUCAGUUCAAAAACCACAUGAAGUUGAACGUUUUGAAAAUGAUUUAAGACGAUAUUUACAAAGAAAAAUUGGUUUUGAAGCUGUCAUGCGUUUACGAUCACCACCAGCAAUGGCAAUUCAUACAUUUCAUGGAAAUGGUUUUGUUCGUUCAGUUGAUUUACUUGUUUUACCAAAUAUAAAUCCAGAUGCUGCAUUUGGCAUGCAAGUAGCGAUUGAAGAUUCUUUAGCUAAUCAUACAUCAGUUACAUUUCAAGCAGCACUUUUAUAUACAUCAAGCAAAAGUGAAAGACGUAUUCGAGUACAUACACUUUCAUUACCGGUUAGUUCAAAUUUAACUGAAAUAUGUUCAAGUGCUGAUCAAGAAGCUAUUGUUUCAUUAAUUGCUAAAAUGGCUGCUGAUCGAUCAAUGACGUCAUCAAUACAAGAAGCACGUGAUGCAAUGGCUAAUGUUGCAUGUGAUAUUCUUAAAGCAUGUUUAUCAAAUAAUUUAUCUAAUCGAGCAUUUUCCCUGAUAGUACCGUAUUCUUUACGUCUUAUACCAUUAUAUAUGUUAAGUAUGAUUAAAUCGACGGCAUUUCGAGCUGGCGGUGCACCAAGACUUGAUGAUAGAGCAUAUUAUUUAGAUUUGUGUAAAACAUUACCUACGCAGUAUUUAAUGCAAAUAUUGUAUCCGGAUCUUUAUCCAAUACACACAAUUGAAGAUAAGAGUCAAAUUAUUCAAGAUGGAGAAGAUGAAUUACAUAUUCCUCAACGUGUUCAUUUAUCAUAUCAAAAUAUUGACUCUCAUGGUGCUUAUAUACUUGAUACAAGUGAAUAUAUAUAUGUUUAUAUUGGUAAAGCUAUAAGUGAUCAUUUUGUUCAAAAUGUUUUUAAUCUUGGAACAUUUUCUGCCUUACCAUUGGAUUCAUAUUCAUUACCUGAAUUAGAAAAUCCAUUAUCAAUGAAAAUACAUAAUUUUCUUUCUUAUCUUAUUCAAAGUCGACCACAUGGUAUUGCAUUACAUAUUAUGAGAGAAGAUUCAUCUAAUCGACAUUUAUUUACUCGUCAUUUAGUUGAUGAUAAAUCUGAAUCAACAAUGUCUUAUGUGGAAUUUUUACGUUAUAUUCGCGAACAGAUUGUUAAAUGA